GCCACCAAGGGAACCAGCCCUCGCUGGCUCCCCUCGCUAGCUCCGAGCAUUCCUCCCCCUCGUUCCCUCUUCUCACCCCAUGAGAGCCAGCGAGCUAGCGCUCCUCCCGUCGUGUGAGGGCCUCGCUAUCGCUCGUUGCUCCCGUCGCCCCCACCGACCCCAUGCUCUCACCCGCACGAGCCCCUUGCCACCUGCGCCUCACACUCCUACCUGCCACCCCUAGCGUCGGCCCUGCCCUGCUCCCUACCGCGCCGCCCCACCACGCCAGGGCCAGCCCCACGCCGGGCCUGUCGCCCUCCACCAUCGGCGACCUCCGGCGGCCCUCCUCUGCCUCGCCCAGUGCCACCCCGCCUCCUGCCUCCGUCGCCUCGGUCUCCUCCUCGCCUACGUUGCCGGUUCCCCUUCACCGGGUCGCCGACUACCUCUGCUUCAUCGGCCUCCUCCGCUUCCCCGCUGGCUCCUUCACGCCUUGCCACACCCUCUUCCCAGCAACGUCGGCCCCGAUACCGAUGAUGAUCCGGUGAUCGACUACUUCCUCAUCGAGUAUCCGUUUUGUCUGCAGAGCAGCCAGAUGAUGGAGCCCAGGAGAUGGAGUAUCCUGCCGACGACUGCUUCCCCGACGAAGCCUGCUUCUAUGUGGAGGCCGCUGAAGACCACGAGUAGUUAGGAGGCUCCCAGGCAGGAGGUCUCGCCUCAUUCGAUCAUUGU